UCUCUUGUGCAGCCACUGCACCUUCACGGGCCGCCAGCUACUGUGGGCGGGGCUGCAGGGACACCAGUGCCAUGGCUGUCAGCCCGAGCUCACCCCGGAGCUUCCAGGUCCCGCAGAGUGCUCCAGAGUCCUGCUGCCCCCGUGCCGUCCUUGCCUCCCAUCUCUGAUUGCAGCUCUGGCCUCUCCAUGGCUGAUGAGUAUGGGGCCCUGAAGCGCACCUUCUCAGCGCCCGGCCACAGCACCAGCCUUCUACAGGGCCUGGCCUCCCUCCGCGCACAGGGCCAGCUGCUAGACAUCGUGCUCACCGUCAACAGAGAGGUCUUCCACGCACACAAGGUGGUCCUAGCUGCCUGUAGCGACUACUUCCGGGCCAUGUUCACGGGCGGCAUGCGUGAGGCGAGUCAGGACGUGAUCGAGCUGAAGGGGGUGUCGGCCCGUGGCCUGCGGCACAUCAUCGACUUCGCCUACAGUGCCGAGGUCACUCUGGACCUGGACUGCGUGCAGGACGUGCUGGGCGCGGCUGUGUUCCUGCAGAUGCUGCCCGUGGUGGAGCUGUGUGAGGAGUUCCUCAAGGCCGCCAUGAGCGUGGAGACCUGCCUCAACAUUGGCCAGAUGGCCACCGCCUUUGGCCUGGCCUCGCUGCGCGAGUCGGUGGACGCCUUCACCUGCCGCCACUUCCUGCAGAUUGCGGAGGAGGACGACUUCCUGUGCCUGCCGCUUGAGCGCCUGGUCUUCUUCCUGCAGAGCAACCGGCUGCAGAGCUGCGCAGAGAUCGACCUGUUCCGCGCGGCCGUGCGCUGGCUGCAGCACGACCCUGCUCGGCGGCCGCGUGCCAGCCACGUGCUGUGCCACAUCCGCUUUCCGCUCAUGCGGUCCUCAGAGCUGGUGGACAGCGUGCAGACACUGGACAUCAUGGUGGAGGACGUGCUGUGCCGCCAGUACCUGCUGGAGGCCUUCAACUACCAGGGCUACGCCUGCUCGCUGAAGCGCCGCACCUGGGGCCAUGCCGGGGCCUCCUCGGGGGGCCGCCUCUACAUCUCGGGGGGCUACGGCAUCUCGGUGGAGGACAAGAAGGCUCUGCAUUGCUACGACCCUGGGGCCGACCAGUGGGAGUUCAAGGCCCCCAUGAGCGAGCCCCGCGUGCUGCACGCCAUGGUGGGCGCCGGCGGCCGCAUCUACGCACUGGGUGGCCGCAUGGACCACGUGGACCGCUGCUUCGACGUGCUGGCUGUGGAGUACUACGUGCCUGAGACUGACCAGUGGACCAGUGUGACGCCCAUGCGGGCCGGCCAGUCGGAGGCCGGCUGUUGCCUGCUGGAGCGGAAGAUCUAUAUGGUCGGUGGCUACAACUGGCGCCUCAACAACGUCACAGGCAUCGUGCAGGUGUACAACACCGAGACGGACGAGUGGGAGCGGGACCUGUACUUCCCCGAGUCCUUCGCGGGGAUCGCCUGCGCCCCCGUCCUGCUGCCCCGGGCUGGCACCAGGAGGUAGCGACGGGUGCUGAGCCUGGGCUCUCCCUGCGCUGGUCGCUGCAGUCCAGGUGCCCCUCCUGCAGCUGCAGCCCCUCGCCCCUCCUGACCUCUUGUCUGGGUCCCUGUGCUCUGACAGCGCUCUCCCCACCACACGUUGCUCGUGGCCCACUUAGGGCUGGGGAGGAGCGGGCACGGCUGCCUCUGGCCCUCACUGCCUUCCUGACCCUCCUGCCCCGCACACCGCUCCGAGGGCCUAUGGCCAUGCCCAGGGUAAAGGGGCCGGGCCAAGGGUUGAGGCGUCAAGCCCUCCGGCCGCCCCAACCCUGCCCACGGCAGGUUGCCCUGCUGGGCCACCCGAGGAGUGCAGGCGGCCGGGUCACUGCCUCCAAGGCUCUGCGGCUUCUCUGGCCACAUUUGUUUUGAUCUCAAAACCUCUCCUUUCUGUUUCGUUUUACUUUCUGUUUUUUUAAGGAGGCAGCACUGCUGUCUUCUAAAUGAGAUUUGUACUCUGGGGGCAGCUUAAAGUGUCUCUCUCGCUGCUAACAGACGAUGGAUGUUGUGUUUGCGCGACCCGCUCACCGUGUAAAGGAUUAACCUCGUACCUCCGCCAAUGUCAUCCCUUAAUGUCUCCUUUUAUUUAAUAAAAAUGUUAUGGUGGAAAGACGGAGCA